AUGGGUAUAGAUAAUUUGUGUGCAGCCUACACCCAACAGUCUCCGAGAAAGAAGCAAUGUCUGCGAUCUCCUCCACCUCCCCGACCAAACUACUCAAUCGUACCCUCAACCAUCGAUCUCGAAGAGCAUUCUCGUAAACCCCACCUAGACACAUUCCAUCAAUUCAUGGAUCUUCCACUGGAGCUCCGCAUCAAGAUAUAUGAAUUCGCAUCUCUAGAACCACGAGCAGUUCCCAUCUGGCCCAUUAACACCGACCGAAAAACUGAAGAUGUCGCAUUCCGAUUUGCAUCCGAGACUCCUUUCCUCAUGCAAGUCUCCCACAAAGCUCGAAGCGAAUCCCAAAAGCUUAAAAUCUACACACCCACCUCUGAUAAUCCAUCUCCAAUCCCACGUAUCUGGUUAACGCCUAGUAUCGAUAUCGUUUGCCCUGUCCGCAACGGCAAUACCAUCUGGACCGUCUUCCAAUUCUUGAAAUUCAGCCAAAUGAUCAAUCGCUUCAACACCGAACGUGUCUGUAUCGAUACUCUCAAAUUUCAAUGUUCCCAAUUAACGAAUAAUUUGCAUACCUUUGUCGUCAUCCCAAAAUGGAUGAAUCAUAAUUUUCGCCAGAUUCUAGCUUACAUCUCAUUGCGUCCGAUUAAUAUCCGUCGUCAACCUCUUAGAAUUGUUGAAUCGACUAUGCUUAAUCUUGAACAGAAUUCAGAGGAGGUCAUGAUGCUUUCUAUGGAGGCGGAUAGCAGAUUCGAAGAAUUGGAAGAUAUGCUUGGGAAUCUUAGUUCUUUCCAGAGAGCUUAG